CGGAGCCGGCGGGGCACGACGGGCGCGCUCAGCGCGGGGAGCGGCGAUGGCGCUGGCAGCAGGUUCCCGUGCCGGGCGAGAGCGGAUGGCGGCCCUGCUCGUCCUCUACCUGCCCCUCCUGCCGGGGCUGGCCGGCGCCUUCAACCUGGACACGGACAACGUGAUCAGCUGGAGCGGGGAGACGGGCAGCCUCUUCGGCUUCUCCCUGGCCAUGCACCGGCAGCUGCAGCCGCAGGAGAAACGGCUAUUGCUGGUUGGAGCUCCUCGGGAAAAGGCCUUUCCAGCCCAACAAGCCAACAGAACAGGAGGGCUGUACAGCUGUGACAUUGCAUCUCCAAAUACAAAUUGCCUGCGUGUCAAAUUUGAUGAGGAGACUGACCCAAGGACGGAGAGUAAAGAAGACCAAUGGAUGGGUGUAACUGUCCAGAGUCAGGGGCCAGGAGGAAAUGUGGUGACGUGCGCACAUCGCUAUGAGAAAAGGCAGUAUGUAAACACAGUGCAGGAAACCCGGGAUAUCAUUGGAAGGUGCUAUGUGCUCAGCCAGGACCUCACUAUUAAGGAUGAUAUGGAUAAUGGAGUGUGGAGUUUUUGUGAUGGUCGUUUAAGAGGCCAUGAGAAGUUUGGUUCCUGUCAGCAAGGUGUUGCUGCUACUUUUACUAGAGACUAUCAUUAUAUUGUGUUUGGUGCCCCAGGCACUUACAACUGGAAAGGGGUGGUUCGUGCAGAGCAAAAGAAUCAGACAUUUUAUGAUCUGGGUAUCUUUGAUGAUGGGCCUUACGAAGUUGGUGAUGAGAGCCGCCAGGAUAAGAAUCUAGUUCCUGUUCCAGCUAACAGUUACUUAGGUCUUCUGUUUUUGACAGCUGUAUCUGAUACUCAUCCAGAUCAGUUUGUGUACAAAACAUUGCCUCCCAGCAUACAGGUGGACAAGUCAGUGGAUGUAAUGAUGAAUAGCUACUUAGGUUUCUCUUUGGACUCUGGUAAAGGAAUUGUCUCCCAAGAUGAGAUGACUUUUGUGUCUGGUGCCCCAAGAGCGAACCACAGCGGAGCAGUAGUUUUACUGAAGAAGGAAAAAAAUCAGAGAGCACUUUCCCUGGAGCACAUGUUUGAAGGAGAAGGGCUGGCCUCCUCUUUUGGCUACGAUGUUGCUGUUGUGGACCUCAACAGUGAUGGCUGGCAGGACAUCGUUGUUGGGGCCCCGCAGUACUUUGACAGAAGCGGGGACAUCGGGGGUGCCGUGUACAUCUACAUGAACCGCCAGGGCAAUUGGGCAGGGGUGAAGCCUCUGCGCUUAAAUGGAACCACUGACUCCAUGUUUGGACUUGCAGUAGAAAACGUUGGGGACAUUAAUCAGGACGGAUACCCAGAUAUUGCAGUAGGGGCUCCGUACGAUGGUUUUGGCAAAGUAUACAUUUAUCAUGGAUCCAAGAAUGGAAUAAAUACGAAACCAGCACAGAUUCUUGAUGGUGAAAAAACAAACACCAAUUUCUUUGGUUACUCUAUUGCUGGAAAUAUGGACCUGGAUAAAAAUUCCUACCCUGAUGUUGCUGUUGGUUCCCUGUCAGAUUCUGUAAAUGUGUACAGAUCUCGGCCUGUGAUAAGCAUUAGAAGAAACAUUACAGUACAGCCUGAUAGAAUUGAUCUAAAGAAAAAGAACCCUGAGGACCAUGGUGAAAUCAGGAUGGAUGUGAAAGCAUGUUUUCAAUAUACUGCAAACCCUAGAGAUUUAAAUCCAAGAAUAAAGAUCAAUUACACGUUUGAAGUGGAAAAUGAGAGGCGGCAGCUGGGCCUGCCCUCCAGGGUGCGCUUCAGUGACCACUCCUCUGAUCAGUUCACUGCAAGUACAACCCUCAGGGGACAGAACUCAUGGGAGUGUGUCACUGCAAAGCUUAUACUGCAGGAGAAGAUUAAAGAUAAGCUACGUCCCAUUCCAAUAUCAGUCAACGUUAAAAUUGCUGGCCUGGAGUCACCAUCCAAGAGAAGAGAGAGUGCACUUCCAGAUCUUAUACCAAUUCUAAAUUCAAAUGAAUCUGAAACAGAGACCACAAAAGUGGAGUUCUUAAAAGAAGGAUGUGGAGAAGACAAUGAAUGUCACAGCAACCUGAAGCUUCAGUACCGGUUUUGUACGAGAGAGGGAAAUGAAGACAGGUUUACUUAUUUACCACUUGAAAACGGCAUGCCAGUGCUUGUUCUGAAAGACCAGAAAGAUAUUGCCCUGGAAAUAACUGUGACAAACAAUCCAUCUGAUGUAAAAAAUCCACAAAAAGAUGGUGAAGAUGCAUAUGAAGCUAAACUAAUUGCAAAUUUUCCAGACAGUCUGACAUACUCUGCAUUCAGAGAGAUGAGGAGUUAUCCUGAAAAACAGCUGACAUGUGGUGCUAACCAAAAUGGCUCUCAAGCAGAGUGUGAACUUGGAAAUCCUUUCAAAAGAAAUUCUAAUGUAACCUUUUAUCUGAUCUUAAGUACCACUAAGGUUAAUGUUGAUACAACAGACCUAGACAUUAACCUGAAGCUGGAAACAACAAGCACUCAAGCUAAUUUGACUCCAAUUACAGCCAGUGCUAAAGUGGUUCUUGAAUUGCUUUUAUCAGUCACUGGAGUUGCUAAGCCUUCUCAGGUAUAUUUUGGAGGUAACAUCAUUGGUGAGAGUGCAGUGAAAUCUGAAGAUGAUAUUGGAAACCUCAUAGAGUAUGAAUUCAGAGUAACUAACUUGGGCAGACCACUGAAAACAUUUGGCACUGCUUCCCUGGACAUUCAGUGGCCAAAAGAAAUUAGUAAUGGCAAAUGGCUGCUUUAUUUGAUGAAAAUCGACUCCAAAGGCUUGGAAAAAGUCUCCUGUCAACCCGAGGGUGAAAUCAACAGUUUGCGUGUUGCGGAAUCCCAUAACUCAAGAAGAAAGCGUGAAGUUGCCGAGAAGCAGAUUACAGACGGCCAGGCAUUCUCCUUAUUCUCAGAAAGAAAAUACAAGACCUUGAGCUGCAAUAUGAAUGCACGCUGUGUGGAUAUAAAGUGUCCCCUGAAGGGGUUUGACAGCAAGGCAUCUAUUGUGCUGCGUUCCAGGCUGUGGAACAGCACCUUCCUGGAGGAAUACUCAAAAAUGAAUUACCUUGACAUUGUGGUUAGGGCUUCUAUCAGUGUUCCUGCUGCAGCUAAGAAUGUUAAACUCACAAAUGAAGUUGCUCAGGUGCGUGUUACUGUAUUUCCUGCAAAACCAGUAACCCUUUAUACAGGGGUUCCAUGGUGGAUCAUUGCAGUGGCUAUCCUUGCUGGAAUACUCAUGCUUGCACUCUUGGUAUUCUUACUAUGGAAGUGCGGGUUCUUCCGGCGCUCCAGGUACGAAGACAGUGUCCCCCGCUACCACGCUGUAAGAAUUCGGAAGGAGGAGCGACAGAUCAAAGACGGGAAAAGCCAAGACCUUGAGACAAAACAGUGGUUCACCAAAUGGAACGAAAAUGAAAGUUAUUCUUAGGCAAAAAUGUUGUUUAUCCACAAAGUUCAGAUAGAGGUUAAGGUUUUCAUUCAUGGAAUACUGAUGGAGUUAGACCUGUGAACACUAUAUACAUUCACCAUUUGAUUGUAGAUAUUACUACUUAUAUUGAAGCUUUUAUUUGCACAGUUAAAAUGGCUUCAACAGACUUCAUUUGCCUUAUUUAAUUUCCACGCUGCCUCUUCAUCCCCCUUAAAUCUAACCCACACUUCAGAUAAUAUUAUGCUGAUGUGGGGGUCUUUUCUGCAAAAUGAGCAAAACCACUACAGCAGAUGUGAUCCUCCUGUGAUCCUGACUUUCUUCCUAGUUAUUUAAGGCAUGAAUGAUUAAGGUCAAGAUGAGUUCUCCAUUGUUCCCUCAAUGCACAGUGCUUUAUAAACACACAGUGGCCUUAUCACACUUUGUUCAAGUAUAACUGAAGACCUGCAAGUCUGCUUUAGUCAUAACCCUUGCCUGCUGCAGUAGUUAGGGCUUAACAAAAAGCAUCAUCUUAAAUUACAUGUGCAAUGGGUCAUGUUGCUUGAUUUUGGGCUUUUUAUUUUUUAAGAUCAGAUUGUGUGAUUCUUGUUCACAACAAUACACACAGGUUUUGUUUUAAGAGAGGCUUGAAUAUUAAAUGUACUUUCUGUAUAUAUA